AACAUCUAGUCGACGGCUCACCAACCCGAUUCUAGUAUAUAGUAAGGUAACAAAAUUAGCUGUUUAGAAGACACCCUGGCCAUCUCCGAAAGGAGAGAUGUGUCCGGCAGAGUACUGUUCGUACAUGGUCUGUCCGGUGAGCUGUUCGGCAACCAUGUUUCCGAUGAUACCCAUCAUGGCGGCACGUCCGUUGUUCAACUCAACAUUGAGCUUGCGGGCCUUCUCUUCGGGGUCCUUGAUGUCGUCUCCGAAGUAUCCAACUCCGUAGUCUCCGUCGUACUUGGAGGCAGGCAUCCAUGCGAGCUCAACAAGGGCGAAGAAGGCAAAGAUCUGGGCAAGUCCGGCGGAAGGGAUGGCGGCGAUUCCGCCCAUACCGGUAGGGACAUCGGCGAACUUCAAGUCGUUCGAGGGGGAAAGGUAUCCAUCRAAGACAAUGUGGUUGUUGUGGACAAUGGUUCCGACAACGGCAGCCAUGGCAAUACGUCCGUGCUUGCGCUCGACGGCACGACGACGUUCGAAGGACUCGGGCUGKGUCUCGAGCCAUCCAAGAGGAUCGUAGACUCCAAGAGGCUCGGUGACUCCGAGUUCUGUGCGUUUGCAUUGACAAUUCGACGGUCGGGAAAAUAGAUGAGUAAUUCUGCU